UCGUAAGUCUCCGACAUGCCGAAACCAACGCCAGUUGAGGACUUAAUAAUCCCUCCACAGGAUCAGAAAAUAUGUGGAACAAUAUGCGUUUGUCAGAUGACGGCAGUGCUCAGCGCCGUCGCUAUAGUUUACCUUACCGUCGCCAUAUACAUGCCCUACACCCGUGCUAUCGCCUCAGGAAUUGACCCCACACCUAUUAUGUGCACCACAACUAGGGCUGUGAAUAAAGAUAAUUGUGAUUGGGGGUCGUGUGGUGAAUGGUGUCUCAGCAAAACCUCGGGAGCAUGCAUCCAGAUCUAUGUAAAUGUAAGAAAAAAUGGCUCGUCUUUGUUGCUGUCAGAAUGUGGGAGUGCUGCGAAUAAAACAUGCUACGGAAUCGAUCAGGAAAAUGCAAAGAAAUAUCAUUGCAUUAGGGACGAGUGUCGUAAUUUAACAGGUACAUUCAAUUGCACUGAAGGAAAAUGUAUUAACAUUACAGACGCGUUUGAAUGUGCUUUUAGAGAAACGGACCCACCCUUGAAAUGUUCUGGAAGAAGAGGGAAAAUAACAUGUAUUGACGUGCAUGGAUUGUUUUCCUGUAAUAGAGGCACUUGUAGAAAAAUACGAACACCUUACAAUUGCGAUCGUCGCUGUGUGGACAUACCAACCCGUAACAAAAAUGUGAUAGUUUUGAGUGGGGACCGAGUUUUCUUAGCGAAGUGUUCAAAACUAGCGCAGGAAACAGGGGGAGAUGUAGUAUGGAAUGACAAUGGAGAAGAAGUGCUUAUGUUGUCUUGUCAUGCCGUCCACAAUGGCACUAAUGGAGUGGUUGCUAUUGAUUGCAUAAACGCAGCUUUAUUGCCACGAACGGAGAUAUCGGACCUCACAAAUUUCACAUACCUACAGUAUUUGUACCUUUCAAAGGCCACACCUAAUCGCUUGAUUGCUCCCUCUGAAGUGGAACUCACUUUAGCCAACGACAGCCGGUUGAUGAUUAAUUUAGAAGGAUGUGUAAAUACUCUUGCUGACGAAUGCAAAGAAUUCUUAAAAGAUUAUGGCCGUGAUGGCACCGAUCAUAAUGCUAAAGCACGUUUUCCUUGCUUCUAUACCGAAAACAGCCCAGAUUACGUUGUAGCAAGGUUUGAUUUAGACGCCACUUAUCGACAGUUUUUGGUGGCGUUAGUGCUUCCUACAGUUUUGGUUGUAGUUUCGUGUAUAACUCUCAUGCUGUGUCAAAGAACGGUGGAAGUCGGUGAUGAUGCUAAAAUGAGGUUCAAGGGAUGCGGCACUGGACAGGCUGAGAUGCAAAUGUCACCAAACGAUCCUGUUUCUCCACUCUGA